GUGCCGCAGUAGGACCCGUUGAGUAUCUAAUACGGCAUCAUGAGCGUCCGAACAUUUACACCGGCCGUCCGGGUCGGUAACUGGAACGAAGAUAUAUCAUUGGACAAGGAUCUUCUAAAAGAUUUCUUGGCUAAAAGGGAAAAAGGAGAACUUCUUAUACAGAAAACAUCAAAUCUGAAGAAAUCAGUUUUACAAAAGACAGAGCUAUCAGUUACCACGGAUGGAUUGCUUCACUUUGGGGACAUGGUGAUGCUGGUUAAUCCAGAAAACGCAGUGGAAAGUCUCAGUAACACCUCUCCAGUGUCUGGCAAUUUUGCUUUGUCUGUAAAUCCAGAAGAAAGUGCAAUGCACACAACAGGUCAUCUGACAUUACCCUGUGGAAUUAGUGCCAGCACAAACAUCAAGUCGUGUGCGAGAAACAGUUUCAUAAUUAGCAGUGUGGAUGGUAGUAAAAUUGGAGAGCCUCUAUACUAUGGACAGAAUUUUGCAUUAAGAACAUCAGAAGGUUUCAUGGGACAUUUAUUUCUGGCGAGCGACCAUAAAACAUUUGGGAAGUCCAGUAAGAAGUCCUAUCUACAAGAGGUCAGUCUGACAGACCAGCCAUCAUAUCAGGCCUGCUGGCAAAUUGCUUACUUGGACCCCCAGCUGAGGAUGGAACAUGAAGGAUUUCCUAUACCGGCAAACACCAAGGUACUCAUUCUUCACAGCAAAACAAAUCAAUGUUUAGCUGUUCUGAGAAAACAUGUCUUAUGGACAUUUUUUGGCAAGGAACAAGAAAUUUCCACGCAUACUUUCUUGAACGCACACAAAGUGGAAGAAAAUGAGAACCAUUGGAUUAUUGUCACCGGCAAUCCUAGUGAUGAAAUAAACACCAUGUUUGACCGACCCAAACCACUUAGUAAAAUAAAAUAAUUGCUCUAAGCACAGUUAUGAUCUUUUUGAUUUGAAAAAUU